AUGUCGAACCAGAACGAGCCUUUUUAUCUCCGCUACUACUCAGGUCACUCUGGGCGGUUUGGGCAUGAGUUUCUAGAAUUCGAUUUUCGGACCCUUGGCGACGGCCGAAGUGCCGCGGUUCGGUAUGCGAACAACUCGAACUAUCGCAACGACUCCCUGAUCCGCAAAGAAAUGUGCGUGAGCUCGGCGAUGAUCCAGGAGGUCAAGCGCAUUAUCAAAGAGAGCGAGAUCAUGAAGGAGGACGAUUCGAAAUGGCCACAGAAGAACAAGGAUGGACGGCAAGAGCUCGAGAUCAGACUCGGAAACGAACAUAUCUCCUUUGAGACCGCGAAAAUCGGUUCGUUAGUAGACGUGACCGAGUCUGCAGACCCCGAGGGUCUCCGAGUUUUCUACUACCUCGUUCAGGAUUUGAAAGCGCUCAUAUUUUCUCUCAUCUCUCUCCAUUUCAAGGUAAUUUUCCAAGAUUUUUUCGAUCCUCCAGACAAUCUACUUACCCUUUCAUCCCUUCUGCAGAUUAAGCCUAUCUAA